GUCACUUCCGGGAGAGCGAAAUGACAGCUGGUUUGUUUUCAUCAACGAGGGGAAUUAAAAGUAGACAUCAAAGUGUCAUGUGGUGAACCGCCUCCCAGUGCUCCCAGUGCUCCCAGUGCUCCCAGUGCUCCCAGUGCUCCCAGUGCUCCCAGUGCUCCCAGUGCUCCCAGUGCUCCCAGUGCUCCCAGUGCUGGUCUGUUCAGAGCAACUGGCCACCGAGGGACCGGCAUCUCUGCUGGAGACAUCUGCCCUGGAGCCUCAGGAGCAGGCGGCUGGUGGGGGUCCAGUCCAGGACCAGGUCUCUCCAGACCCUGCACUGGACCAUGAUUCAAGAGCAACCACAGCAGAACACCCUUCUCCAUGCAGAGGUCCAAAAGUGUCUUGCGGCAGCCUCUCCAGCACCAAGGGAAGGGACCGUGCAGCCAAAUCCUAGUCGGUUUAUUCCCAAAAUGACAGAGAGUGACGAUGUCGAGGUCUACUUGAGCGUACAGCUAAGAGGGAAGGCUGGCCAGACGAUGCCUGGGCAGAUCUGGUCGUGCCUUUCCUACUUGGGCCGGCACAGCAGGCCUACCUCGAUCUCCCGACAGCCCGGUCGAAGGAUCAUGCGGUCUUGAAGAAGGAAAUCCUGGCCAGGUACGGCCACAGUUUAGCAGCAAGAGCCCAGAGGUUCCAUGACUGGAGGUUUAAACCAGAGUUGCCAGCAAGGGCUCAAAUGUAUGACCUCGGCCGGGUAACCAAAGCUUGGCUGACAUCCGACCCAGAGAAACUAGGGGUCUUGGAGAGGAUCAUGAUGGACAAAUACAUCCGGUCUCUACCAUAUGAGACCAAGAAAAUGACCAGUCAGCAGAAUCCUGCCAAUCUAGAUGCACUGGUUAGCCUGGUGGAUAGCCAGAGUCGAACUAUUGUGAUCAACACGAGCUGACCCUGAGGAGAGCCGGAAAUCUAGGAAAGAAGUCCCAAGGACUAAGAGGAGACAUGAGCGGAGGGUUCAAGACAGAGGCAACCUUGUUUCACAAUCAAAAAUAACAUGUUGUACUAUACUAAAGAGACAGAAGGCCAGAGGAGAGACUUGUUGGUUGUCUCAAGACAGUAUGUGUCCAGUGUUGCACCUAGCCCACAGCCAUGUCCUGUGUUGAAUGCCAAAAGAUGAGCCCCAUUUUUAAAAGUCCCCUCAUACCUCUCCCUAUAAUUGAUGUGCCGUUUUCCCGCAUUGCUAUGGACUUGGUGGGGCCCCUGGCGAUAUCCGCUAGGGGGCAUCAUUAUAUUCUGGUGAUACUGGAUUAUGCAACAAGGUACCCUGAGGCCAUUCCCCUGAGGAACAUGACCACGAAAACGAUUGUUCGGGAGCUAAUCCACUUGUUCAGCAGAGUUGGAAUCCCCAAGGAGAUACUGAUGGACCAGGGCACCCCCUUCAUGUCCAAGGUAAUGAAAGACCUCUGCCGGCUCUUCAAGGUAGGUUCCUCAAGCGUCCACUGGCUUCUCCCUUUGAGCUGCUUUAUGGGAGACAGCCCAGAGGGCUCCUCGACAUAGCAAAGGAAGCCUUGGAGGAGCAACCAAGUGGUGGAACAUGUGGAGAAGAUGCAGGCUCACAUGAAGGACGUGUGGCCAAUGGUGAGGGUACACAUGGUUCAAGCACAAAGGCGAGUAUACAAUAGGGGCGCCCAACCUCGGGAGUUCCAACAAGGAGACAAACUAACGACAAGUUCUUGGCCUCCUGGCAAGGACCCUCCGAGGUGGCAGAGAAGAUAACCCCCCUAUCUUAUAGCCCCCCAACUAUAAGGUACAUCAACCUGGGCGACGCAAAACCUCCCAAAUCUACCAUGCUAACCUGCUGAAAAGGUGGUACAGCCGAGGUACCCUCCUGUGUUGUGUUUCCCCUGAUGCGUUUCCUUCUCCAGACAGUGAAGUUACGAAAGUAGCAUGUGGCCCUAGCUUAUCAAAAGCACAGCUACAGCAAACCAGGGAGCUGGUGCAGCAGAAUUUUGAUGUUUUCUCUGCACAACCUGGGCGCACAUCCUUGAUAGAACAUCACUUUGACACAGAACCAGGCAAGAAGGUAACAUUGCGGCUCUACAGGAUACCCGAAGCCAGAAGGGCAGCCAUUGAGCAAUGGUCAACACUUUAAUUAUCUUUAAAUGUAAAUCUAUAUUGAUUUAAGGUUUCAUUUGUAUGAAUUUCGCCCACUUCCUGUUCAUAUUGCUGGUUAAAUGUGGAUGUGUGUCUCCUCCACGCAGCUGAGCAGGGUGGGUGGGCUGUCCAGCGGGACGGAGCCAUGGAGCCACCGGGGGAAUCGAACGGCCGGUCCUUUGUGGAGGUGCUGAGUGAAAAGUACAGCCCGGACAACUUCCCCCUCCGCAGGGGGCCCGGCAUGGGGGUGGUGGUGGUUCCCACCGCGGCUCCUCAAGGCUCUCCGAUGAAAGACCGGCUGAACAUGCCCACCAUUCUGGUGCUGAACUCCUGUGGGAUCAACAGAGCCGGAGACCAGGCGGAGAUCUCUGCUUUCUGUGCCCACGUCAUCGAGCUGGACCUGUCUCACAACCAGCUCCAGGACUGGAGAGAGAUCAGUAAGAUUGUGUCCAACAUCCCCAACCUGGACUUCCUGAACCUGAGCUCCAACCCGCUGGCAGGAAGCCGUCUGGAGCCGCGCUACGCCGCCGGCUUCUCCGGGGUCCACCACCUCGUCCUUAACAACACUCGCGUGUCCUGGGACACGGUGCUGCUGCUCUGCAGAGAGAUGACGCAGCUGGAGGAGUUGUUUCUAGGCCUCAACGAGUACAGGGAGGUGGCCUCCUCCGGCGCCGCCUGCCCCACCUUGCGCCUGCUCCACGUCACAGACAACAGCCUUCAGGACUGGGCCCAGGUCCGUAAGAUCGGGCCCAUGUUCCCGGGCCUGGACACGCUGGUCAUGGCCGACAACCGGCUGGACUCCAUCCAGGACCACGAGGACGACCUGCGGAGGCUCUUCCCCAAACUACGCAGCAUCAACCUGAGCAACUCAGGUCUGAACCGAUGGGAGGACGUGGAGAAGCUGAACUUCUUCCCGAAGCUGGAGGAGGUGCGUCUGCAGGGCGUCCCGCUGCUGCAGAGCUACACCAACGCAGAGCGCCGCAGCCUCACCGUCGCCCAGCUGCCUGCCAUAUCGCUGCUGAAUGGCAGCGUCGUGACUGAAUGUGAGAGAGAGGACGCAGAGCGGUUCUUCAUCCGGUUCCACGUGGACCACCCCGAGGAGCAGCUGCCUCGCAGGUAUCAUUCCCUGGUCACCAAGUACGGGAAGCUGGAGCCGCUGGUGGAGAUUGACCUCCGACCUCGCUACCGGGCCCUGGUGGAGGUCCACUGCGAGGACAAAGUGGAGCAGCUGAGCAUCCGGUUGGACCAGACCGUGGCGGAGCUGAAGAAGCAGCUGACCGCGGUGGUCCGGCGGCCCAGCGGCGGCAUGAGGAUCUACUACAUCGACAAGUGCGGCGCCUUCGGGCCGGAGGAGAUGAAGUACAACAGCCGGGCGGUCCACUCCUACAGCGUCCAAGACGGAGACCAGAUCCUGGUGGUGCCCAAGACCAAGUGACCCGCUGGAGUCCAGCUGGGCAAUCGGAGCGACUCGCUGAUUGAUUAAUUGGAUUAUUUGUUGAUGACGCCACAAAAUAAAUGGAAAGAAUGGAGCAGCUUCACUCCUUGAGUUACCGCGAGAAAAGAUCCAUGUGAAUGGAACCGUGGAGGCAGCUGGGCAUCCAACGAACAUCUCACCUCCAGAGGGAAGCAUCCAACAAACAUCUCACCUGAAGAAGGAAGCAUCCAACGAACAUCUCACCUGAAGAAGGAAGCAUCCAACGAACAUCUCACCUCCAGAGGGAAGCAUCCAACAAACAUCUCACCUGAAGAAGGAAGCAUCCUACGAACAUCUCACCUCCAGAGGGAAGCAUCCAACGAACAUCUCACCUCCAGAGGGAAGCAUCCAACAAACAUCUCACCUGAAGAAGGAAGCAUCCAACGAACAUCUCACCUCCAGAGGGAAGCAUCCAACAAACAUCUCACCUGAAGAAGGAAGCAUCCAACGAACAUCUCACCUCCAGAGGGAAGCAUCCAACAAACAUCUCACCUGAAGAAGGAAGCAUCCAACGAACAUCUCACCUCCAGAGGGAAGCAUCCAACGAACAUCUCACCUGAAGAAGGAAGCAUCCAACGAACAUCUCACCUGAAGAAGGAAGCAUCCAACGAACAUCUCACCUCCAGAGGGAAGCAUCCAACAAACAUCUCACCUGAAGAAGGAAGCAUCCAACGAACAUCUCACCUGAAGAAGGAAGCAUCCAACGAACAUCUCACCUCCAGAGGGAAGCAUCCAACGAACAUCUCACCUGAAGAAGGAAGCAUCCAACGAACAUCUCAACUGAAGAAGGAAGCAUCCAACGAACAUCUCACCUGAAGAAGGAAGCAUCCAACGAACAUCUCACCUGAAGAAGGAAGCAUCCAACGAACAUCUCACCUGAAGAAGGAAGCAUCCAACGAACAUCUCACCUGAAGAAGGAAGCAUCCAACGAACAUCUCACCUGAAGAAGGAAGCAUCCAACGAAAAUCUCACAUGAAGAAGGAAGCAUCCAACGAACAUCUCACCUCCAGAGGGAAGCAUCCAACGAACAUCUCACCUCCAGAGGGAAGCAUCCA